AUGGCUGACUUGAAGACAGUGGGACUCUUACUCUUGUGUGCUGGCGGCAUCUAUGCCUCCUACUUGACACAAGGGGUGGUCCAGGAGGUCCUGGCAACAAAGAAAUUUGGCCCUGAUGGAAGGGCAUUCACCCACCUGAAGGCUCUCAAUGGCGUGCAAAGCAUUGCAUGCUUUCUGUGGGCGGCUGCCCUCCUGCUGCUGCCCUUCUCACAGCGGCCCAAGGGCGCAGUGUAUGCCCCCUGGACAGCUUACUGGAAGCCGGGCGUGACUAACAGCAUAGGGCCGGCACUGGGCAGCGAGGCAUUGAAGAACAUCAGCUACCCAGCUCAGGUGUUGGCAAAGUCUUGCAAGAUGAUCCCAGUGAUGCUGAUGGGCACGCUCAUCGGGGGCAAGUUCUACUCAUCGCUGGAAUAUGGCUGCGCCAUCAUGAUUGCGGCCGGCAUCUCUAUCUUUGCGCAGCAGUCCUCCUCCAAAGUCAUCAGCAAGCUGGUGGCGCCCAACGCGCCCCUGGGCUAUGGGCUGUGCAGUCUCAACCUCUUUUUCGACGGCUACACCAAUGCCAUGCAGGAUAUUAUUCACAAGAAACACAAGGACACCAGCGCGCUCUGGAGCAUGUGCUGGAUGAACUUCUGGUGCAGUUUAUACAAUUGCGUCUACCUGUUUGUUGUCACGUCUGCUGGAUGGGAUCUGCUGACCUUCUGCAGGGCCUUUCCAGAGGCUGGGUGGUACAUCGCGCUGUUCUGCCUGUGUGGCGCUAUUGGCCAACUCUUCAUCUUUGGCACAAUAAAGAGAUUUGGAUCCCUGGUCAACACGCUCAUCUGCACCACACGGAAAUUCUUCAACAUUCUUUUGAGCGUGCUUUGGAAUGGCAAUCCCUUGCUGCCUCAGCAGUGGCUGGCUGUGUUGCUGGUGUUUGCUGGGCUAUUGACAUCAUCCAUUGCAAAAAGUGGCAAGAAGAAGGUUGUUGCAGAAGUGAGCAAGGAAGAAAAGAAGGUGCAGUGA